GGCCAGGGUCUGAGCAAGGGGCGAAAGAAAGCCUCACCAAGCCCCGCCCUGCCUAUGGCGUGGGGGUCGCGGAGGGAUAAAGGAGCGAGGCGGCGGGGACGGGAGUUGAGCCGGCGGCGGGGCGCGCGCAGGAUGGAAGAGGAGGAGCAGGCCAGGUGUGGAGAGCGGGCGGCGCGCCCCGCCCCGCCCCGCAGGCUCCUGGAUCUGUGUCCCCGCCCGAGGGACAAACCUUCACGUCUUAAAACGUUGUAACCCUGCUUCGCCGUGGCAGAGUAAUGCAACAGGGUGAACACAAAGACCGAGCAACUUACUUAGUGGUGACCUUAACACUAACACAUUCCUCCUAAAUUUCCCCAUCUUCCCUUUGGGGAAACAUUUAGUACAGCCACCAUUGCUCACUGUGUUGGGGUAUCCACCCAACACAAGCCCUGAAGGGGUUAAGGUGGCUAGCUGAGCCAAUUAACUCCUCAGGGUGCACAUGGAGGAGGAGCCAGGGAGCAGGGAUAAAUUAAAUGAGGCUCAGAUGGACAGGAUUCAGAAGGGGGGGCCUGUAUAAAGCCUGGUAGCUGAGAGCUGCUGGAAGAAAGGCUGUAGUCACUCCCUGGGAGAAGGGAGGUGUGGUUGGGGCUACAGAAAAAAUAGCUUAGGGCAGCGGCUCUCAACCUUUUCAGGAGUCUGAUUUGUCUUGCGUACCCCCAAGUUUCACCUCCCUUAAAAACUACUUGCUUACAAAAUCAGACAUAAAAAUACAAAAGUGUCACAGCACUCUACUACUGAAAAAUUGCUUUUUUUCUCAAUUUUACCAUAUAAUUAUAAAAUAAAUCAAUUGGAAUAUAAAUAUUGUACUUACAUUUCAGUGUAUAGUAUAUAGAGCAGUAUAAACAAAUCGUUGUAUGAAAUUUUAGUUUGUACUGACUUUGCUAAUGCUUUUUAUGUAGCUUGUUGUAAAACUAGGCUAAUAUCUAGAUGAACUGAUGUACCCCCCUGGAAGACCUCUGCAUAUUCCCAGGGUUACAUAUACUACUGGUUGAGAACCACCAGCUUACAAUUACUCCCUGGGAAGAGGGAGUUGUGAGGCUGGCAAACCCAGAGGUAGGGGGAGAGCUAGAAGGUAAGGAAAGGGCUCAGGGAAAGGUAGUAAAGUCAAGGAGUGAACACAUGUUGGCUGCUGACAAAAGGGUCCCUGAGCUGAAACCUGGAGUAGAGGGUGGGCCUGGGUUCCCCUGCCAACAACUGAGGGAGUGGCAUGGGGGCAGUAAAUGGGAAGAUGGCCAGAAACUGAUAGUGAGGAAAGAUUUUGAUACCCCAGAUGGAGGAAGCAUGUAGAAUGACCUGGCUGGAGGGCCAAGGCACGAAGAUGGAGUUGCUGUGAGAGAGAGCGGCAAUAAAGCAUACAGCAAGAAGCAGAAGGGGGCGUUGGAACUGAAGAGAGCUGAUUCCCAGACCGACCAGGAGGAGGUGCCACCUGCGGAGUCAGAACUUCUCAAUCCACCACUCCCAGGCGAUGAAACAAGAUUCUUUUAAAGUGCUCUUCUGUGCAUCAGAAAACUUGUGGGUCUCAUGGCAAUAUGGAAGGUUAAACAACAGUUGAUGCCUUGUGAAAAAGAUUGAAAAACAACCUACUGAGAAACACUGCAGUCUACAUAUCUGUUACCUGUGCAGACGCCAUACCACGGCAAGCAUGGAGCCCGCUCAGCUCACUUUGGCAAUUAGGAGCACAUUAACCACCACACGCAUUAUCCAGCAGUAUAUGCAGCACCAGAACAUGGCAACGCGAUACCGGGCGAGGAGGCGACGUCAGCGCGGUCCCGUGAGUGAUCAGGACAUGGACACAGAUUUCUCUGAAAGCAUGGGCCCUGACAAUGCAUGCAUCAUGGUGCUAAUGGGGCAGGUUCAUGCUGUGGAACGCCGAUUCUGGGCUCGGGAAACAAGCACAGACUGGUGGGACCGCAUAGUGUUGCAGGUCUGGGACGAUUCCCAGUGGCUGCGAAACUUUCGCAUGCGUAGGGGCACUUUCAUGGAACUUUGUGACUUGCUUUCCCCUGCCCUGAAGCGCAUGAAUACCAAGAUGAGAGCAGCCCUCACAGUUGAGAAGCGAGUGGCGAUAGCCCUGUGGAAGCUUGCAACGCCAGACAGCUACCGGUCAGUUGGGAAUCAAUUUGGAGUGGGCAAAUCUACUGUGGGGGCUGCUGUGAUGCAAGUAGCCCACGCAAUCAAAGAUCUGCUGAUAUCAAGGGUAGUGACCCUGGGAAAUGUGCAGGUCAUAGUGGAUGGCUUUGCUGCAAUGGGAUUCCCUAACUGUGCUGGGGCCAUAGAUGGAACCCAUAUCGCAAUCUUGGCACCGGAGCACCAAGCCAGCGAGUACAUAAACCGCAAGGGGUACUUUUCAAUAGUGCUGCAAGCUCUGGUGGAUCACAAGGGACGUUUCACCAACAUCAACGUGGGAUGGCCGGGAAAGGUGCAUGAUGAUCGCAUCUUCAGGAACUCUGGUCUGUUUCAAAAGGUGCAGGAAGGGACUUUAUUCCCAGACCAGAAAAUAACUGUUGGGGAUGUUGAAAUGCCUAUAUGUAUCCUUGGGGACCCAGCCUACCCCUUAAUGCCAUGGCUCAUAAAGCCGUACACAGGCAGCCUGGACAGUAGUCAGGAGCUGUUCAACUACAGGCUGAGCAAGUGCAGAAUGGUGGUAGAAUGUGCAUUUGGACGUUUAAAGGCGCGCUGGCGCAGUUUACUGACUCGCUUAGACCUCAGCGAAACCAAUAUUCCCACUGUUAUUACUGCUUGCUGUGUGCUCCACAAUAUCUGUGAGAGUAAGGGGGAGACGUUUAUGGCGGGGUGGGAGGUUGAGGCAAAUCGCCUAGCUGCUGGUUACGCGCAGCGAGACACCAGGGCGGUUAGAAGAGCACAGGAGGGCGCGGUACGCAUCAGAGAAGCUUUGAAAACCAGUUUCAUGACUGGCCAGGCUACGGUGUGAAAGUUCUGUUUGUUUCUCCUUGAUGAACCCCCCGCCCCUUGGUUCACUCUACUUCCCGGUAAGCUAACCACCCUCCCCUCCUCCCUUUAAUCAUUGCUUGCAGAGGCAAUAAAGUCAUUGCUGCUUCACAGUCAUGCAUUCGUUAUUCAUUCAUCACACAAAUAGGGAGAUGACUACCAAGGUAUCCCAGGAGGGGUGGUGGAGGAGGGAAGGAAAAUGCCACACAGCACUUUAAGCACAGCACUUUAAAAGUUUACAACUUUAAAAUUUAUUGAAUGACAGCCUUCUUUUUUUGGGGCAAUCCUCUGUGGUGGAGUGGCUGGUUGGCCGGAGGCCCCCCCACCGCGUUCUUGGGCGUCUGGGUGUGGAGACUAUGGAACUUGGGGAGGAGGGCGGUUGGUUACAGAGGGGCAGCAGUGGCAGUCUGUGCUCCAGCUGCCUUUGCUGCAGCUCAACCAUACA